AUGACCUGCGCGACAGAGACUUUUGACACGGAUGGAUCGGUGACACUCUCCUACCGCCACUGUGGCGCCGAGGAUGGCUCAUCCACUUCGUUCUGGCUCUUCCAGCUCAUCAUGUCGCUACUGGGCGCUCUCGCCGCCGCCUUUGUCUUUCAAGUCGGGGUCUCGCGUCGCGCUGUUCGCUGA